GAAGCACUGGCCGGAAAUAAUCUAUGAAGAAGUGGAGAAGAAUGCGAACAGUGAAGCUGCGGUGCGAGUACUAUGUCUACUGCGUGAUGAAAUGAUCAAAAAUGGCAGUGAAUCUCCCGAAGAAGUGCAGUGGCUAUGGAACGAACAAAUUGCGUUGCUUGAUGCACUGCUGAGAGCGGAAUCGUAGCU